AUGAGAGAGAGUGGUUUGGAGUCUUUGAUGGAUGAUGUUUCUUCAUUUUGUGCUAAACAUGAUAUUUUGGUUCCCGUAAUGAGUGAAGACUAUCCAAGAUCGAAGCGUAAGAAGUCCAAAGUUUCAUAUUUACAUCACUUUCGUGUAGAAGUGUUUUAUGCAGUUAUUGAUUUGCAACUUCAGGAGCUCAAUAAUCGUUUUGAUGUUGUGACUAGUGACUUACUCCUUGGUAUGGCUAGUUUGAAUCCGGUUGAUUCAUUUGCUAAUUUUAGUAAGAGCAGAAUAAUAAAGUCGACUGAAUAUUAUAAAAAUGACUUUGGUGAUAAUGAACUUCGAGAUCUUAGUUAUCAGCUUGAUAGUUUCAUUGUCUAUGCUCGAGAGUGUGAUAGCAAGUUUCUCAACUUGAAGGGGAUUAAAGAUCUUGCUAUGAUGAUGACAAAUAAAAUUGGAUCAAAUUUGGUCUCUUGUUUACUUUCUUGUAAAGUUGGCUUUGAUAUUGCCUGUUGCUACAUCAAGUGUGGAAAGAGCAUUCUCCUCAAUGAAGCUCAUAAAAAAUGA